UCCCCGACUAACUUAGCGUUUGGCUCAGUUCAUUAUACAGUCCCAUAUUCUCCCUCCAUUAAGGCAUCUCUCUGCCUUUGGACUGAAGAAUCCACCAAGACCCAAGAGGGAAAAGUUGAACUUUCACAGGGCAAGAUGGACAUGAAAAAGAGGAUUUACUUGGAGCUAAGAAACAGGACACCAUCUGAUGUUCGAGAACUCGUUCUUGAUAAUUGUCGGUCGAAUGAUGGAAAAAUUGAAGGCCUCACAGCUGAGUUUGUCAACCUGGAGUUCCUCAGUUUGAUAAAUGUUGGUUUAAUCUCCGUUUCCAAUCUGCCGAAAUUAGGAAAACUCAAAAAGCUGGAGCUGAGUGACAACAGAAUUAGUGGUGGCCUUGAUGUUUUAGCAGAGAAACUUCCCAAUCUCACACAUCUAAACCUGAGUGGCAACAAACUCAAAGACAUCAGCACGCUUGAGCCAUUGAAAAAGCUGGACAACCUGAAGAGUUUGGACCUGUUUAACUGUGAAGUGACAAACCUGAAUGACUACAGAGAGAGUGUGUUCAGACUGCUGCCACAGCUUACCUACCUGGAUGGUUACGACAUGGAGGACAGGGAAGCCUCAGACUCUGAUGGAGAGGUGGAUGGAGAUGGUGUUGACGAUGAAGAUGAUGAAGAGGGUGAGGAGGAGGAGGAUGGAGAGGAGGAGGACUUUGAUGAGGAGGAGGAGGAUGAUGAAGAUGAAGAGGAGGUAGAAGGAGAAGAAGAUGAUGAGGAGGUUAGCGGAGAGGAUGAGGAGGAAGAUUUUGGUCAGGAUGGUGAAGUUGAUGAUGAAGAUGAUGAUGACGAUGAAGAUGAGGAUGCAGAGGCUGGCAAAGGCGAGAAGAGAAAGCGAGAUCCAGAGGAUGAUGAUGAUGAUGAUGAUGACGAAGAUGAAGAUUAAGAGCAGAAGUGAAAACGAGAGCCUACCGAGUUACCAACCCCUCCCCUCCCUCAAAAUCUCCACCUGAACAUCCACCCACCUUCCAAGUCACACCGCCUUUUCUACUCCACGCCCCCCCCCCCAGCUCUGAGCUCCUUUUUUGGGGCAAGACUGUACCGGACGGGUGGGCCGAGUGGAGCUGCCCCCCACCUCCCUUUUAUCCCAUUGAACCAAGAGCCACCUGUCCUCCUUCCCUCCCUAUCGUGCCCAUGCCACCACCCCAAGGUUCUCAGGCAGCCCACCACUCAGCAUUCCACAAUUUCACCGUCAAACCCUCUAUGUGUACCUGCGUGAGGACUUUGGGACUGGUAUCUAGUUUUGGGUCUGUGCUUUUAAUAUUUUGUUGGAUGGAUUAUUUUUUGUUGUUGUUGGGUUUAUUAUUUCUCUUAUUUGUCUUUUCUUUUUUUUUUUCCGUUCCUUAUUUUUCCCGAUAAAAUUAUUGCUAUGGCAACUGUGCAACAAGAGAGCCAUGAUUUUUAGUGUGGCCGCCUGUUGCACAAAUCAAGGUUGUAGCUACAUUUUUACUUUCUGUAUGACAAACAACUUUGUAAAUAAAAUGUUAACAUUUUGCGCUUUUCUCUCUUCCU